AUGUCGACCAUUCGUCAAGCUUUUAAACCCAGAAUGAUAUUUCCGGAGUAUAGGGUUAAUUUGGCGGACUUCAAAGGGCAUCAAUCCAAGGCACUAAGUAGAAUGAAGGAGCUUUCUCCACAGCUCGACUUAAUACUAGAGCUAAGAGAUGCCAGAGCACCAGUUUCCACAAGUAACCCUUUAUUGCAUCGAGUUUUCCGUGAUAAGGAGAAACUUAUUUUAUAUACAAAGCGAGAUCUCAGUUCGAUGACAGCCAGCCUACUUGAUAAAUGGCAUGAACCACUUCAUGAGAAUUGGAGAUUUAUAGACUGUCGAUCGUCCAACGAUAUUCACAAAUUAUUGGCCAGCAUUAAGAAACAGUACGAUUCUAUGUAUCCACGGCCUCCACUAGGGCUAAGAUUGAUGGUAGUUGGAAUGCCUAAUGUGGGGAAGUCCACCUUGGUGAACAGUUUAAGAGGUAUUGGACUAAACCAAAAGAAGAAAUCUGUGGCUAGAGUAGGAUCAAAUGCAGGGAUUACUAGGAGUACCAGUGAGAUUAUAAGAGUGAGUCGAGAUCCAGAGAUUCUUCUAUAUGAUACUCCAGGAGUUCUUCUGCCUCAAGUCAAGCAAAUCAAGACAAUGCUUAGUUUAUCAUUGAUAGGUACAGUUUCAAAGGUGAAUCAGGCGGACCCUGUGAUUACCGCAGAUUAUAUGCUCUACGUGAUGAAUCUUACAGAUUCCAGCGGUAAACGCUAUGGCAAAUACUUGGAUCAUCCUACCAACGAUAUCUACGAGUUGUUGGGGGCCAUGGCCAAGAAAAAUGGUAACUAUAAACGUUUCAAAGGAGAAUCCGAAAAAAAGCUCAACUACUUAAGCUGCGCGAUGGAAUUAAUUCAAAGUAUCCAAAUAGGGAAAUUCGGUAAAUGGUGCUUUGACAUCGAUGCCCUGAGGGAGCUUCAAAGAGGAAUUCUACCACAGAUCGAUCAUGCUCCAAACUGGGCACAUAAUUCCUUUAUAUCAUGA